AAAGAUUUGAAGGGAAGGUGCGGGGGAGGAGGCGGCAGUGCGCCAAUAAGGGUGAACGGAGAGAAGAAGAGCUGCUCUCUCCAUACUAGCACAUGAAGAUGAGAAGGAAAGACGCGGCGCUCCUCCUCAGCCUCAUGAACACGCGCUUAGCGUUAACGGUGCGCUGAUCUGCUCGUGACCUUCACUCGUAGAUGGAAGCGCAGGGAAGAGUCAGGAUCCACUUGUCGCAAGAGCAAACCGAUCGCUCAGAGUAAUGGGGAACAGUGCACCCAAACCGCUUACAGUAGAUGCAAACCUACAGCACCGCCCUGUGGCUAGCCGCCAGUAUUACAUUCUUCCUCAUGGCACAGUGGAGAGGCGAUCGUCCGGGUUGGCUGUUAAUCUGGAGUCUCCACGCUUCCACCCACACACCAAGGGCAAGAACAUCCGUCUGGAUGCGCAGCUGCGGCGGGCCACGCGCAAAAACAGCUUCUGCCAUGGCCUGACGUUCAGCCAGCGGCCCAUCCGUCUGUACGAGCAGGUACGCUUGCGCUUGUCGGGUGUGCACUCAGGCUGGAGCGGUGCACUACGCUUUGGCUUCACGAGCCUAGACCCGAGCGAGCUUGCCUCAUCUGACAUCCCCAAAUACGCCUGUCCGGACCUGGUGGCACGGCCUGGCUACUGGGCCAAGGCUUUGCCCGAGAGACUGGCGGCGAGGGACAACGUACUGGCUUUCUGGGCCGACCGGCACGGCCGUGUCUUCUACACAGUGAACGAUGGCGAGCCUGUACUGUUCCACUGCGGCCUGAGUGCUGCGCGUCCACUCUGGGCCAUCAUAGACAUCUACGGCAUCACACAGGAAGUCACACUGCUUGAAAGCACAUUUGCUGACAGUACAAGCUGCCUGAGCGUGACGCGUCUCAGUGCCUACCUGCCUCCAAGCAACCAUGACUCAGCCAACUAUAGCAACAACCAGUUAGAGAGCAACCAGGCUGCCAAGAUGGCUGCCUUGCACCUCAGCAGCUCAACACAGCUAAGCCCUUGCUGCUCCUCCUCUUCGUCCUCAUCCCCUUUCGGUGUCCAAAGGUUAUCCCGUGGCCUUCCCUCUACACUUGAUGCUGACCUGCGCUUUCACCCGGUGCGUGGCGCCGAUGUGCUCCUGUCCAGCGACCGUGCUAUGACCUGCGUCCACUCCCCAGACGGCAUUCGAACUUUGGUGUUCAGUGACAGGCCCAUGAGGCUAGGUGAGACUCUGUUUGUGGAGGUGAGUCACAUGGGCCCACCUUGCCUUGGCAUGCUCCUUUUUGGCAUGACUUCGUGCGACCCAGGCACAUUGCAUGCUGCAGAGUUGCCUGCUGAGCCUGACGCUCUCCUCGAUCGUAAGGAGUACUGGGUGGUUCACCGUGGACUCCCUGCUCCUGCACCUGGCGACGUGCUCAGCUUCAUGCUUCUGCCUGACGGAGAAGUGCAUCAUGGGAUUAACGGGGUAGCGCGCGGACGUUUGCUGUGUGUCGACUCCUCUCAGGCUCUGUGGACCUUCUUCGCUCUGCGUGGGGCCAUCAACCGACUCAGGAUAUUAGGAACACUGCAGGCAAGUCCGUCCACCUCCCCCUCUGUAUCCCAUGGCACAGCAUCUGAUGACAGCGACUCUGACCUGACUUUUAGUGUCAAUAGAUCCUCAUCUGCCUCCGAGUCCUCGCUGGUGACAGCCCCCAGCUCUCCUCUCAGUCCCCCAGUCUCGCCCAGCCUCCCCUUUCCAGAGACGCCAUUGAGCAACAAGAGCGGCGAAUGCACCGUGUGCUUCGAUCAGGAGGUGGACACUGUCAUUUACACGUGCGGACACAUGUGUCUCUGCCAUGAGUGUGGACUUAAGCUAAAGAAACAGAUCAACGCUUGCUGCCCGAUCUGCCGCAGACCCAUCAAGGAUGUGAUCAAAACAUACAGGCCAUGAGAAGACAAGACACUGAACUGAACAAGUGGCUGAGAACCAGCUUUCCAUUCUGAACCGAGUUUGAAUUUCAGGAAUGAUCUGUAGCUUUGACUCCUGUAGCGUAACCUCACUGUCUGUCCCCAACCCCGAUCAUAAAAUCCCCAUCCCACCUCCAGACAAAGUCCAGGGGCAACCGAACGAUUUUUGUUUGUUUGUUUGUGUGUGUGUGUGUGUGUGUGGGGGGGGGGGGGGGGGGGGGGGGGGGCUACACGAGGUUUGUCUGAUGCUUGCUCAGACAUUUUAGUGCCUUUGACAUUUGUCUCAAAAGCAUCGCCUACCAACCUGACAAUCAUAUUUGAUAGAGAUAUACAGAAUAUAUGACUUUUAUCAGAGGGACACUGAGAGGCUUGUUUAAGCAAUGGAACUAACAGAUGUAAACAGAUAAUAAAAAUUUAUAAUUAUUUUGGUUUGAUAUUUUAAAAGUAAAUAUAUGUGUUUCCAAUUGUGUAAAACGGAUCAAAUAAAUCAAUUCGUAUGUAUAGUGAA